UUGAAGAUAUAGCUAUACUCGAUAUUAAGCCUUGGGUAAUGCAUGCUGAAGUUGCUGAGAAGUUUUUGUCCUUUGAAAACCAAGUUUUUCUAGCUGGUGAUGCCGCUCAUCGUUUUCCUCCAGCCGGUGGAUUUGGCAUGAAUACUGGGAUUCAGGAUGCUCAAAAUCUUGCUUGGAAGCUGGCUGCAGUUGUCAACGGUAUUGCUCCAACCACACUUCUCAGCACAUAUGAAACAGAACGGAGGCCGAUUGCCAUAUUUAACACUGCACUUAGUGUUCAGAACUUCAGAGCAGCCAUGGAAGUCCCUGCUGCCCUUGGACUUGACCCUACAGUUGCAAAUUCAGCUUGUUUUUUUUCCUUUUGUCUUGCUAUGUACCUUGCAGUUGCCCAGAUGUCUUUGUCUCAUCUAUAUAUCCAAGUCCUGCAGCAUCUAAAGCUGAGUUAUGAAGUCAUGAUCAGUAUGGUUUAUUUCAGGAUCACAGCCAUGCUCAAUGUGGAAUUACAGAGGCUGGAUCAUGUCCUUGAUGCUUGUUACCAUGGAUCUAAGGUUAAUGAUGUCCAGUCAACACCUUUUAUACCCUAA